AUGCCCUCGUGACCUGCCCGCAUCCAUCAUCCCAAAUCCUCCCGUCAGGAACUCCAGCUUCAUCCACUCCAUUCUUUCUUAGCGCUACUCCAUCCAAUCUCCAGUCUCUCUCCUCCUUCCCUCCAUCUCGGUUCGUCUCCAUCCGCUUUUUCUCCGCCGGCGAAAACGGAUUCCCCCCGAUUCAGGUACUCACCGUCCACAUCUCCCCGUUUGUCGUAGCCUGCUCCGGCUCUCUCCAGACAGUCUCUCCACUCUCUCCCCACUCCAAGACACGCUCUCGAAGCAUCCAAUGAACUCUCCGCCCCCUAGCUUCCGAAUCUCCCACCUCGUUCGCCUGUCUUCGGGCCCUUGAGAUCUGGGCCCCCGUUUUUUCUUGCCAUGGUCCUACCCCGAGGAUGGGGUCCCUCCAAUCCCUGGGAUGGAGGCGAAUUGCCGACGGAUGGAGCGUCAAAUUCUUUCACUUCCAUUUCAGUGGCAUUCACUCGUUGACACCGUCAUACUUACCGAGUUCAUCUUUGUGUGCGGCCCCCCUCCCCCCUCCUCUCCCCCUCUGCCCGGACCCCAUAUAUAUCCCUCCAUCUCCCCCGGGUCUGUCAGCCCUUUGGAUGUCUUUCUCUCCCAUCAAUCUUCUCUUUUUCCCAUCUUCCCAUCCCUGGCAGAGGAUUCCGCGUUGUAUGAAUCCACCGGCAACAUGGGUGUCUCUAAUAUGAUGUCCCGGUUCAAGCCUCAGGCGGACCACUCUGAGUCCUCCACUGAGGCUCCUACUCCUGCUCGCUCCAACUCCGCCGUCGAGAAGGACAAUGUCUUGCUCGAUGACAGUCCCGUCAAGUACUUGACCUGGCGCUCCUUCAUCCUGGGUAUCGUCGUGUCCAUGGGUGGUUUCAUCUUCGGUUACUCUACUGGUCAAAUCUCUGGUUUCGAGACUAUGGAUGACUUCCUCCAACGUUUCGGUCAGGAACAGGCGGAUGGAUCCUAUGCUUUCAGCAACGUCCGUAGUGGUCUCAUUGUCGGUCUGCUGUGUAUCGGUACUAUGAUCGGUGCCCUGGUUGCUGCUCCUAUCGCAGACCGCAUGGGCCGCAAGCUCUCCAUCUGUCUCUGGUCUGUCAUCCACAUCGUCGGUAUCAUCAUUCAGAUUGCCACCGACAGCAACUGGGUCCAGGUCGCUAUGGGUCGUUGGGUUGCCGGUCUGGGUGUUGGUGCCCUCUCCAGCAUUGUCCCCAUGUACCAGAGUGAAUCUGCUCCCCGUCAGGUCCGUGGUGCCAUGGUCAGUGCCUUCCAGCUGUUCGUCGCCUUCGGUAUCUUCAUCUCCUACAUCAUCAACUUCGGUACCGAGAGAAUCCAGUCGACUGCUUCCUGGCGUAUCACCAUGGGCAUUGGCUUCGCCUGGCCCUUGAUUCUGGCUGUUGGCUCUCUCUUCCUGCCCGAGUCUCCUCGUUUCGCCUACCGUCAGGGUCGUAUCGAUGAGGCCCGUGAGGUUAUGUGCAAGCUGUACGGUGUCAGCCCGAACCACCGCGUCAUCGCCCAGGAGAUGAAGGACAUGAAGGACAAGCUCGACGAGGAGAAGGCCGCCGGUCAGGCUGCCUGGCACGAGCUGUUCACCGGCCCUCGCAUGCUCUACCGUACCCUGCUCGGUAUUGCUCUGCAGUCCCUCCAGCAGCUGACCGGUGCCAACUUCAUCUUCUACUACGGAAACAGUAUCUUCACCUCCACUGGUCUGAGCAACAGCUACGUCACUCAGAUCAUUCUGGGUGCUGUCAACUUCGGUAUGACCCUGCCCGGUCUGUACGUCGUCGAGCACUUUGGUCGUCGUAACAGUCUGAUGGUUGGUGCUGCCUGGAUGUUCAUUUGCUUCAUGAUCUGGGCUUCCGUUGGUCACUUCGCUCUGGAUCUUGCCGACCCUCAGGCCACUCCUGCCGCUGGUAAGGCCAUGAUCAUCUUCACCUGCUUCUUCAUUGUCGGUUUCGCCACCACCUGGGGUCCUAUCGUCUGGGCCAUCUGUGGUGAGAUGUACCCCGCCCGCUACCGUGCUCUCUGCAUUGGUAUUGCCACCGCUGCCAACUGGACCUGGAACUUCCUCAUCUCCUUCUUCACCCCCUUCAUCUCUAGCUCCAUUGACUUCGCCUACGGCUACGUCUUUGCUGGAUGCUGUUUCGCCGCCAUCUUCGUUGUCUUCUUCUUCGUCAAUGAGACCCAGGGUCGCACUCUUGAGGAGGUUGACACCAUGUACGUGCUCCACGUCAAGCCCUGGCAGAGUGCCAGCUGGGUUCCCCCGGAGGGCAUUGUCCAGGACAUGCACCGCCCCCCUUCCUCUUCCAAGCAGGAGGGUCAGGCUGAGAUGGCUGAGCACACCGAGCCCACUGAGCUCCGCGAGUAAGCCACUCGCACUCGCGCGAACUCAUUUUGCUAGUUGCUCUUGUACAUUGAACCUGCAUCUUAAGCUUUGAUUUAUUUAAUUGCAUGAUUGCUCUUUGCAUCGCAUUUGCUAGCUAGCUAUUAUCGGCAUGAAUGCGUCCACGCACGCAAUGUUUGAAUGGCUUGACUCAUCGGGAAGGAUAUGGUUGGGAACUACGACAUCGGCGUUUGGUGAUACCUGCAACUGCAUACAUCUGUUGACGUUGACAUUUUUUUGAGGUUAUUGAGAAACGAUUUAAUACAAGUAUAUACGAACCUUA